AUGGCGGAGCGGGCGCCGGAGCCCGAGGCGGAGGCUGAGGCGGGCGCAGGCGGGGAGGCGGCGGCCGAGGAGGGCGCGGCGGGCCGCAAGGCGCGGGGCCGGCCGCGGCUCACGGAGUCGGACCGGGCCCGGCGGCGGCUCGAGUCCCGGAAGAAGUACGACGUGCGGCGCGUGUACCUGGGCGAGGCGCACGGGCCCUGGGUGGACCUGCGGCGCCGCAGCGGCUGGAGCGACGCCAAGCUCGCCGCCUACCUCAUCUCGCUGGAACGCGGCCAGCGUAGCGGCCGCCACGGGAAGCCUUGGGAGCAAGUCCCCAAAAAGCCAAAGCGGAAGAAAAGGCGGCGCCGCAACGUGAACUGCCUGAAGAACGUGGUGAUCUGGUACGAGGACCACAAGCACCGCUGCCCCUACGAGCCGCACCUGGCCGAGCUGGACCCCACCUUCGGCCUGUACACCACGGCCGUGUGGCAGUGUGAGGCCGGCCACCGCUACUUCCAGGACUUGCACUCGCCCCUGAAGCCGCUGAGCGACUCGGAGCCCGACAGUGACAAAGUGGGCAAUGGCCUUGCGGCCGGCAGCUCUGACUCCUCCGGCUCCGGCUCCGGCUCCGACUCGGAGGAGCCCCCGGAGGGCCAGCCGGCCAAGGCCUCGGCGGCGGCGGCGGCGGCGGUCACCCCCACCAGUCCGGUGGGCAGCAGCGGGCUCAUCACUCAGGAGGGCGUGCACAUCCCCUUCGACGUCCACCACGUGGAGAGCCUGGCCGAGCAGGGCGCCCCGCUGUGCCCCAACCCGGCGGGCAGCGGGCCCGAAGCCCUGGAGACAGUGGUGUGCGUGCCGGUGCCCGUGCAGGUGGGCGGGGGCCCGGGCGCCCUGUUCGAGAACGUUCCCCAGGAGGCGCUGGGUGAGGUGGUGGCCAGCUGUCCCGUGCCCGGCAUGGUGCCUGGGUCACAGGUGAUCAUCAUCGCGGGCCCCGGCUACGAUACCCUCACAGCCGAGGGCAUCCACCUGAACAUGGCGGCCGGCAGCGGCGCCCCCGGCGGCGGCCUGGGCGAGGAGGUGCCCUGCGCCAUCAUGGAGGGCGUGGCGGCCUACACGCAGACGGAGCCCGAGGGCAGCCAGCCGGGCGCCACGGACGCUGCCGCCGUCGCGGACAUCGAGACCAAGAAAGAGAAGGAGGACCUGUACAUGCUCAAGAAGGAGGAGCAGCCGGCCCCGGCGCUGGCCGAGCUGGCGGCCACCGUGCCCGAGAGCGCGCAGCCCGAGGCCGAGGCGGACGGCGAGGAACUGGAGGGCGGGGCCAUGUCAGCCAUCAUCUAUGAGAUCCCCAAGGAGCCUGAGAAGAGGCGGCGCAGCAAGCGGGCGCGGGUGACGGACGCUGACGGCCUGCUGGAGAUGUUCCACUGUCCCUACGAGGGCUGCAGCCAGGUGUACGUGGCCCUCAGCAGCUUCCAGAACCACGUGAACCUCGUGCACCGGAAAGGGAAGACCAAAGUGUGCCCUCACCCAGGCUGCGGCAAGAAGUUCUACCUGUCCAACCACCUGCGGCGGCACAUGAUCAUCCACUCAGGUGUCCGGGAGUUCACCUGCGAGACCUGCGGCAAGUCCUUCAAGAGGAAGAACCACCUGGAGGUGCACCGGCGCACGCACACCGGCGAGACGCCCCUACAGUGCGAGAUCUGCGGGUACCAGUGCCGGCAGCGCGCCUCGCUCAACUGGCACAUGAAGAAGCACACGGGCGAGGUGCAGUACAACUUCACGUGCGGGCGCUGCGGCAAGCGCUUCGAGAAGCUGGACAGCGUCAAGUUCCACACGCUCAAAAGCCACCCGGACCACAGGCCCACCUGACCCGCGCGCCGCCCGCCCACCCCUAUUUAUUCGUUCGGACACCACGCCCGCCCGGGCCUGCCCCGCCGGAGCCCAGGGCAGCAGCCGCGGGGGCCGCCCGGAACCGCGGGCCGGAAGGAGGCGCCCCCGCCGCGCCCCAGGGCUGGGACCCCCACCCCCACCCCGGGAGGGUCCUCCCACCUCACCCGGUCACGUCCCCGGCUCCAGAGCUGGCGCCAGGAGCCGGGCUGCUGGAACUGUGUCAAGAGCGGAGGGAGAGAUUAAAGUGCGAGAA